CCCAUCAACUCUCUCCUCACUUCCCCAAACCAAGAGCUCAACCUGGCAGGCAACUACCUCCACCGCCUGCCUGAGGAGAUCGCCUCUCUGCUGCACCUCCGGGAUAUCAACCUCUCCCGCAACAGGUUUCGACGUUUCCCUGAGGCCCUGGCCGCAGUCACUGCCCUGGAGACCAUCGACCUGGAAGAGAACGAGAUCACAGAGGUGCCAACGGAGAAGUUGGCCUCCAUGGCAUCACUGCGAAGCCUCAACCUGCGGGCAAACCCCGUCAGCCCAGAGGUGCGGCUGCUGGUCCGGCCCCUUAUCCCCUUCGACCUGCUGCUGUCACCAGAGAAGCCCAUGCCCAAAGCCUGA